GUGUCGGUACCCUCCACGUGUUAGGAUCAACGUGUCAUUCGAAGAUCUCCACACCUGCAAAAAAGUGGGACCCGCAAACCCAUACCCAUGGUGCCGUGGUGGGGCCUCAUUUACAACGCAGCGUUUCGAGGGUUUGUAUCUACCGACGCAAACAGUGGGAGUGAGAGCCAAAGUAGGAAGGAAAGGAGUGUUGCUAAGUUUCUAAUUGCUAUAUUUAGCGGUGAAGAAAGAUACAAAAACGCGACUUCACAGAUGGUGAAAAGAGAGAGCUAGCAGACGACAGAGCACGUCUAUAAACGAGGGUUUAAGAUGGUAUCGCCGGAGCACUCACAGUUUCAUACUUCUCCAAUGGCCAAAUCACUGGUUCGUGGCAAAGCGGCGUCGGUUUUUUCCGAGGGGGUUCUGUUUGUUGGGGGAGCAUUGGUGGCCUUUUUGUUGGUUUGGGGUAUCUGGUCUAUGGCAAGCCCCGCUUCUACCCCUUCCCCCAAUUUUGAGAGGGUGGUUAGUGACCCCUUGAGUACGAGUGUUUCAGAUGAGAUCGAUUCGUCCGAUUGUGCCGUGGAUGGGCAGGGUGUUAACCUGCGCCACGACCCGCCUGACCCCACCUUCUACGACAACCCGAAGACGAGUUAUAAGAUUGGGACGCCGGUCAAGAACUGGGACGAGAAGAGAAGAGAGUGGCUGAAGCUUCAUCCGUCCUUUGCCGCCGGUGCAGGAGAGCGGAUUCUGAUGCUGACGGGCUCACAACCGACACCCUGCAAGAAUCCGAUUGGGGACCAUUUUCUUCUGAGAUUCUUCAAGAACAAGGUCGACUACUGCCGAAUCCACGGCUACGACAUCUUCUACAACAACGUGCUGCUGCAGCCAAAGAUGUUCACUUUUUGGGCGAAAUUACCGGUGGUCCGAGCCGCGAUGAUGGCCCACCCGGAGGCGGAGUGGAUCUGGUGGGUCGACUCCGACGCCGCCUUCACCGACAUGGACUUCAAGCUCCCCUUAGAGAGGUACAGAAACCACAACCUCAUCGUCCACGGCUGGCCCAAUCUCAUCUACGACAAAAAGAGUUGGACGGGCCUCAACGCCGGCGUCUUCCUCAUUCGAAACUGCCAGUGGUCCCUAGACUUCAUGGAGGUCUGGGCCAGCAUGGGUCCCCAAGCCCCAGACUACGACAAAUGGGGCAAAACCCUUACUUCAACUUUCAAAGACAAGAUGUUCCCAGAGUCGGACGAUCAAUCGGGUCUGGUUUACUUGCUUGUGAAGGAGAAGGAUAAAUGGGCAGAAAAGAUUUACUUGGAGAGCCAGUACUACUUCGAAGGGUAUUGGGAAGAAAUAGUGGGAACGCUCGACAACAUCACCAGCAAGUACUUGGAGAUAGAGAAAGGGGUUAACACAUUGAGGAGGAGACACGCCGAGAAGGUGAGCGAGAGCUAUGCUGAGCAGAGGGAGCCGUAUCUGAAGAAGGCUGGCAAUGGAAGAUACAGUUGGAGAAGACCCUUCAUUACACACUUCACCGGAUGCCAGCCCUGCAGCGGCAAGCACAACCAAAUGUACGCCGGAGAGUCUUGUUGGAACAGUAUGCAGAAAGCCUUGAAUUUUGCAGACAAUCAAGUCCUCCGCAAUUUCGGUUUUGUGCACCCUGAUCUACUAGAUUCCUCCACCGUCACUCCUCUGCCCUUUGAUUACCCUGCCUAAAGGCUAAAGGUGCAGUUUGUUUUGGUGCGGUUUUGUAGCCUUGAUAUAAUUCAAAAUGUCAAAGAAUAAAAUAGAAGAAGAUAGUCAAUUGCAGUCCAAAGCAUCACUUCAGCGAAGUGAGUAUAACAGUGGUUUUACGGUUUUAGUUUUUAAAUAAUAUGUAAUGGGUCUGGAUUUUGCUUUAUGUAUAUAUUAGUAUUACUACUA